AUGGAGGGAACCAGGGAGCCGGGAAUGAGAUCGGUGGGAUCUUAUUGUUCCGUCACCGAUGCUGACGAUCUUAGUUUGUUGCGUCUUCUGGACAAGCCGAAGUUGAACAUCGAGCGGAAGAGAUCGUUUGAUGAGAGAUCACUGAGCGAUUUGUCCAUAUCCAAUAUUAGGGGACCUGACCCUCUCGACGGUAUCCACUCCCCUGGGGCGGGACGGUCAGGGUUUAACACUCCAAGUUCGUCGGCCUGGAACUCAUUUGAACCGCAUCCGAUGGUUGCUGACGCUUGGGACGCACUCAGAAAGUCUAUGGUCUAUUUCCGUGGCCAGCCACUAGGGACACUUGCUGCUGUUGACCACGCAGCAGAGGAGGUCCUCAAUUACGAUCAGGUAAUGAUCACUUCACCUUCUGUGAUCGAUUUUCUUCAGGUGCUCCUUCAUUCAUGCUCCACUCUCAUUAAUUAAGUGUAAAAAAACUUAUGGUUGACAUUUGAUUUUUAGUCCUUUGAACUUUUUAUGUUGAUACUUGUUUAGGUGGUUUUUGAAAAAAGUUAUAUCAUAUCUUAGGGAUACCGUAUUUUAUGCUAAAAAUAUGUCAUAAUCACUGACCAUGUUGACUGAGUUCAAGUUCCAAUUCAGGUCUUUGUCCGAGAUUUUGUACCAAGUGCGCUUGCUUUUCUAAUGAAUGGCGAGCAUGAUAUAGUUCAAAAUUUUCUACUGAAAACCCUGCAUCUUCAAGGGUGGGAGAAGAAAAUAGAUCGUUUCAAGCUUGGGGAAGGUGCCAUGCCUGCCAGUUUCAAAGUGCUGCACGAUCCAGUCCGAAAAACUGACACUUUAAUUGCGGAUUUUGGCGAGAGCGCAAUUGGAAGGGUCGCUCCAGUUGAUUCUGGAUUUUGGUGGAUUAUCCUUCUUCGUGCCUACACAAAAGCUACUGGAGAUUCCUCACUAGCGGAGACAUCCGACUGCCAAAAGGGAAUAAGGCUUAUAUUAUCUCUAUGUCUGUCAGAGGGCUUUGACACAUUUCCAACAUUACUCUGUGCUGAUGGUUGCUCUAUGAUUGACCGAAGAAUGGUAAGUUUGAUAUCGAUUAUUUAUGCAGUCUCUGCUUUCCAAUUUCCUCUGUUAUGGAUAUGAAUGUUGGUGCUUAUUUUCUUGUUCUGUAAUUUGCAUGCUAUGACUUUAUUCACUGAAACAGGCUGAGACAGAUGGUAGAGAUAUAUCUGUAUCUGAAAUGACUCCUCGUUGUUGAAAGAUUAGUUGAUGUCUUAUAAUAUACUCUUUUUUAUAGUUAACUAGUUUAAGGCACAAGGUGCAUGACUGAAUCUGCAGAAUCAUGUUUUAUUUCUCAAUUAACUUGUCGGUCCUAGUGUUUGUCUUCUCCUUUCGUAAUCGUUCAAUUUUAUUGAUCUUAGAUAUUUGAUUGUCAUAUUGGUCCACGGACUUGCCAAUAUUUGAUUUCGAAGGCAACGAUAUGGCAAUAUAAUGGCAAUUCAUAAAACCUUGCUGGACUUUUUCGAUGAAGAAAAAUUUCCACUAUUCUGUCCUCAUAACUCGGAACAGCAAGAAGUUGCUUCAAGGCGUUUUACAGAUAUCUCAUGAGUUUAUAUUGCAACUGACGCACAAUAUUCAUUAAAAUUAUUACAACCUUGUUUGAACUUGUCAAAUUUAUAUCAGUUGUCCCGAAACAAAGCUUUUGGAAAUUUCUCUUUGGGCUUCCUUGAUUCAAUGCGAUGAGAACUUUAGCUUUCUCAUGCCCAGGCCUACCAUGUAAUAUGCUAUAAUGGGGAUUCAGAUUGAAAGGGUUAUAAGCUGGUAAGUCUGUGAAUGUUAUAAUGGAUCACUGAUUAUCUUCCUUUUGCUCAUUUAAACCCUAGCAACGUCUAAUUACAGGAUGCUAAAUACUGUAGAGUGUUUAAUUACAGGAGGCACUAAUUACAGCAUGGUUUAGUGCAUUGUAUAUAGUUCUGGUAACCGCCUAGCAUCAUCAUCAUCCUAACCAUCUCGUGAUCAAUGUAUAACCCAUGCUGAAUGACCAACAUAACCCCUGCAUCACUCUUUUCAAUAAUUUCCUUCGUCGGGAACACUGCAACCACAAUUUUUUUUUUUUCCCGUAUGAGACAGGAAUGUUCUGAAGCAUUUCCCUCUUUUCUAGUCAUAUGUCUAACCCAAUAAAGGUUUCACCUUUUUCGGAUUUCCCCGAGUAUGAGGCUGACUAGUAGAAUUUUUUUUUCUCUUUUUGCAGGGCGUGUACGGUUAUCCGAUCGAGAUCCAGGCUCUGUUCUUCAUGGCGCUGAGGUCGGCCCUGGCGCUGCUGAAACAAGACACGGAGGGGAAGGAGUUUAUAGAGCGGAUCGUGAAGCGCCUCCACGCACUGAGCUACCACAUGCGCAGCUACUUCUGGCUGGACUUCCGGCAGCUGAACGACAUAUACCGGUACAAGACGGAGGAGUACUCCCACACCGCGGUCAACAAGUUCAACGUCAUUCCGGAUUCGAUCCCCGACUGGAUCUUUGACUUCAUGCCGAAACGAGGUGGCUACUUCGUCGGGAAUGUCAGCCCGGCGAGGAUGGACUUCCGCUGGUUCGCGCUGGGCAACUGCGUGGCCAUCCUCUCCUCCCUCGCCACCCCCGAGCAGGCCACCGCCGUCAUGGACCUCAUCGAGGCCCGCUGGGAGGAGCUCGUCGGCGAGAUGCCCCUCAAGAUCUGUUAUCCCGCCAUCGAGGGCCACGAGUGGCGCAUCGUCACCGGGUGCGACCCCAAGAACACCCGCUGGAGCUAUCACAACGGCGGCUCCUGGCCAGGUACGUCCCUCCCUCCCUCCACCUAUUCUUCUUCUUCUCCUCUUCUGAGUUCUUCUUCAUCCUCUUCGACUGUGUGCAGUGCUUCUGUGGCUGCUGACCGCCGCCUGCAUCAAGACGGGGCGGCCGCAGAUCGCGAGGAGGGCGAUCGAGCUGACGGAGAGCCGCCUCCAGAAGGACGGCUGGCCGGAGUACUACGACGGGAAGCUGGGCCGCUACGUCGGAAAGCAGGCCAGGAAGUUCCAGACGUGGUCCAUCGCCGGUUACCUGGUGGCCAAGAUGCUGCUCGAGGACCCCUCCCACCUGGGCAUGAUCUCCCUCGAGGAGGACAAGGCCAUGAAGCCUCUCCUCAGGAGGUCCUCUUCCUGGACUUGCUAG